ACAGUCGGAACUUUCGCCGUGAGUGAGGCUGUAUACAGUACAUUUUUAUUACUCAGCACUCAGUGAUAAGUGUUAAUACUUCGCUACAUAGUUUAGUUUUUAAAAACUAAACUGGCUGAUAAUUAAGUGAUUGAAAGGUACCUAGAUCUUAUAAAAAAUACAUCUAGAUAAUCAAUAUAUACGUAAAUAUUCUUGUGAUGGCCACUAUAAUUGAAAAAUAUGGAAGAAAUUGACUUAAAACAAGAAACUAAUUUACCAGCUGGUUCAAUUGAAUCCUACAAAAUUGUCCAACAUAUUGCAUCGUGAACUAAGAAUUAUUUAAGAUUUUAGCAUUGAAUCUAUACAGAAAUAUGUUCAGUAAAUUGGUGAUAAUAUUUUUGGCAUAUUUUGUCUUCGAAAAAUGUGAAGGAUUCACCGCAAGAGGUCUUGUGUACCCUGGACGAACAGAUUUAUUCGAACUUUCUGUGAUACAUAUUAACGAUUUUCAUGCCAGGUUUUUGCAAACCGGACCCGCUUCCGGUACUUGUAAUCAGAGCAAGAAACAGGAUUGUAUUGGAGGCAUAGCGAGGGUAUCCACAGCCAGUAGACAAUUGCUGAAUGAUCGGCCUAAUGCUAUUUUUUUGAAUGCUGGAGACCAAUUUCAGGGUUCAUUUUGGUACUUCCUUUUUAAAUGGAAUGUUACUGCUGAAUUUAUGAAUAAAUUACCUCUUGAUGCUAUGACUAUUGGUAAUCAUGAAUUUGAUGAUGGAAUUGCCGGUCUUGUUCCGUUUCUACAAAAAGUAAAGGCCCCUGUGGUAGUAUCAAAUAUAAAUGAUGCCAACGAACCAACAAUUAAGGGCUUGUACCAAAACAGUACUAUUAUCGAAAGAGGUGGUCGAAAAAUCGGAAUAAUUGGUGUUAUUCUUUCUACAGUGAAUUUACUUUCAAAAACAGAACGUUUAGAAUUCUCGGAUGAAGUCAAGACGGUGAAUGCAGAAGCAGACAGGCUAAAGGCUGGAGCAGUGGAAAUAAUUAUUGUCCUCAGUCAUUGUGGAAUAAGCGUGGAUCGUAUUAUGGCUGCAAAAUGUCCUAAUAUUGAUAUCAUAGUUGGGGGACAUUCUCACACGUUUCUUUACUCCGGUACUAAGCCAUUCACUGAAGAUCCAGAAGAUGAAUAUCCCGUCGUUGUGAAACAAAAAGAAAGCAGAAGAACAGUACUCAUUGUUCAAGCAGCUGCUUUUACUAGGUAUAUAGGAAAUUUGACUGUUUGGUUUAACUCUCAAGGCGAAGUAAUCGAUUGGGAUGGAAAUCCCAUUCUUUUGGAUCAGUCAAUUGAAGAGGAUCCCGAAAUAUUGAAAGCUCUUCAGCCUUGGAAAGAAGAAGUAGAUAAAGUCAGUAAGGUCAAAAUUGGUACCACUAAAGUUUAUCUAAGUGGAAAAAGCAAGUGUCGACAAGGCGAGUGCAAUUUGGGAAAUAUGGUAUCUGAUGCGAUGGUAGAUUAUUACGUAGGAAAAAGUAAUAACGAACGCUUUUGGACACGUGCAGCAAUUUCUCUCAUUAAUUCAGGUGGAAUUCAAGGUGAUAUUAGUAAUAAUCCCAUUGAUAUUACCUAUGAGGAUAUUGUUGUAAUUGCGCCUCUGGGACUUACUUAUGAUUUAAUUGAAUUGAAAGGAAGCGAUAUUGCCGAGACGCUUGAAAAAGCAGUUCUGGAAAGUUAUUAUCCAACUAAAUUUUUCGGCAAGGCUUUUCUCCAGUGGUCUGGUCUUAAAGUGACUUACAACUUAUCAAAUCCAGAUAAUUCAAAACUCGUCGACGUGAAAAUAAGAUGUCAAGCUUGUGAAUAUCCAAAAUACGAAAGUUUGUCACCCGAGGAAUGGUACAAAGUUGUGGUAUCGAGCUUUUUACUAAAUGGAGGUGAUAAUCACACAAUCAUACAGAAAAAUCAUCUUCAUUAUGAGCAAGGUCCAUUGGAUAGAGAUGUUCUAGUCAACUUCAUUAAAAAGAAAAGUCCAAUCACGUAUGGUAAUGAAGACAGAGUAACUCUACUUGGCAUAUGGAAUAAAAAAUAAUUGAACUAUGAUUAGAUCAUUUAUAUCAUAAGUUUGAUAAGAAAGUGGUAAACAUUGAAUUUUGUCUAACAGCGGAGCGAAAACACUCGUUUUCGCUCCGUUGGAGAGGAGCGAAACCCAGCGAUUCCACGCCUGUAAGGCGGUAGGGUCCUCGUUCAAAGCAUUUGAAGAGAGCAUUAUCCUUUAGAGUACAUUAUCUCAAUUAAAUUAAAAUUUUCUUGAUAAAAAUGUCGAGAAUUUUAAAAUUGAAGCGUAUUCUGCUACAUUUUGGCAAGAAAAAAAAAAGAUGAAAUAAUUCAAUUGAAAUUGAUAUUUUAAUAGAUAGGGGGAUUUGGCCCCCCGAACCCCCUGCCCGAGCCUCUGCCCCUGACUCCGCUGGGUGGCUCCCCCACACACACCCCUUAUCGCCACCUGACCCCCCUUGUUCGCCCCCAACCCCCUUUUGUCCUGACAGAAUCCAAGUUUCCGAAUUUUUCCAGUUCAUACUGACCCUGUAAACAGUAAUUUCAGAGUUACGAUUUCCGCUUCGUAUAUUUACAAACGUGAAAACUCGCUUUCGCUCCGCUGUCUGACAAAAUAGUAUGUGGAUUACUUAUCUUCGUACGCUGCGCGUAAACGCCUGACUUCCCUCUUAGUGCACGAUAUACUAUUCCGUAGUCGUCCCUUAACAAAAAAAAUAUAUGUAAAAGGAAGCAUGG